AUGAAGUUCUCGCACAGUAUCCAGUUCAAUGCGGUGCCCGACUGGAGUAGCAAAUACAUUGCCUACAGCAAUCUGAAGAAGCUGAUAUACCAGCUCGAGAAGUCAAUCCUCCGACCUACUGCGGACGAUGCCGAACGAUCCCCCCUGAUACAAUCUAUCGACGACCCCGAUGAAAUAUUCCGGCGUGCUUUAGAUUCUGAGCUUGACAAGAUAUUGACUUUUUACCAGCUGAAGGAGCUCGAGGUCUACGGCGAGGUGUCUGAAUUUCUAAGGGACGAAGAGUCUUACGAGGCUGAACAUGAGCAGGUGGAAGGACAAGAGAGACCAGGGACCAGUGGUCGUGCCAGCGAUAGACUUAAACCGGCCAGCAUGUUCCGGAGUUUCCUGACCAGGCCAAGAAGGUCAAGCACGAUCAGCCGGUCCAUCGACGAAGGUGUGGAAGAUAGCGACGACGAUAAUGAUGAUGAGAACACUGCUCUGCAUAAGCCUAGGCCAGCGGCAGGGCGGGUCAAGAGCACGCCGUACGAUAUGAACAUUGCACGAGCCGGAGCAGUGGAAGAUGCGCGAACUUCGACUGAGUUCAGCAAGUCAGUGCGACGAAAUAGCCAGAACUACGACGACUAUGCCAAUGAGGCCUACUCAACCCUUUACUCUUCCGGAAUCACUUUAAAGAAGCGGGCUAUCAGUCUCUAUGUACAACUUUGCGAGUUGAAAUCUUUCGUUCAGCUAAACAAGACGGGGUUUACGAAGGUGCUGAAGAAAUACGACAAGAUCUGCGACCGAAGCAUGAAGGCCAAAUAUAUUGAGCAUAAUGUCACGCCUGCGUAUUGUUUCCGACCGGAUACGAUGAGCCAUAUCGAGGAGAACAUCCAGAAAAUCGAGCAGGCAUAUGCAGAUAUCGUUACGGGGGGCGACGAGACAUUGGCCAAGAAGGAGCUGAGGCUACAUCUUCGGGAACAUGUUGUAUGGGAAAGGAAUACAGUAUGGCGAGAAAUGAUCGGGAUCGAGAGAAAGGCUCAAGCUGCCAACAUGGGCCUCCGGAGGACGUUGCUGGGAGUUGACAACGACCCGGCAAAGGCCCGACUGCAAGGCGACGAUUAUGAUGUGCCAGACAUGAAGGAGCUAGACACACCUGUCGGGAGGCUUAGAUGUCCGACAUGGCUCUUUAGCUCGACGAUGUUGACUCUUAUUGUCAUCGUUGCGAUUUUCUUUACUUUGCUAUGCAUCCCAAUCAUGAAGAAAGUAGAACAGCAGAACUGCCUGGCAAUGCUGGUGUUCGUCAGUUUGCUGUGGGCCACUGAGGUCAUUCCUCUAUUCGUCACGUCUCUGAUGAUUCCAUUCCUCUGUGUUAUCCUAAGAGUCGUGCGCUCGGAUGACAAGCCUCACCAUCGUCUCGAGGCUAAGGCUGCUACGAAAUACAUUUUUGCUGCUAUGUGGACACCAGUCAUCAUGCUCCUACUUGGUGGCUUCACUGUUGCUGCAGCAUUAUCAAAAUACGAUAUUGCGAAGCGGAUUGCAACCUUCGUUCUCAGUAAAGCUGGCACUCGACCACGGACUGUUCUAGUGACGAAUAUGUUCGUGGCUGCUUUCGCCAGUAUGUGGAUCAGUAACGUGGCGGCGCCAGUGCUGUGCUUCUCGAUCAUCCAGCCCAUGCUUCGAAACCUUCCCCCCGACUCUGAGAUGUCAAAGGCGCUCAUCCUCGGCAUUGCCUUGGCCUCCAAUGUUGGCGGCAUGCUCUCCCCGAUCGCGUCGCCUCAAAACAUCGUGGCUCUGCAAACCAUGGACCCCGAACCUUCCUGGGGUAUCUGGUUCUUUGUCGCCCUCCCUGUGGGUGUUCUCUCGAUUUUGGCCAUUUGGGUCAUUCUGCUCUUGACUUUCCAGCCUGGAAGAGGGACGACCAUUGUCCCUAUUCGUCCAGUAAAAGAUAGCUUCACCGGAGUGCAAUGGUUCAUCUCCUUGGUCACACUCGGCACCAUCAUCCUCUGGUGUGUUAGCCACAAGCUCGAGUGGCUAUUCGGUGACAUGGGCGUGAUGGCUAUCAUACCUCUGGUGCUCUUUUUCGGCACAGGCAUCCUCACCAAGGAGGAUUUCAAUAAUUUCCUCUGGACCAUCAUCAUCCUCGCCGCUGGCGGCCUGUCUCUUGGAAAGGCCGUCAAUUCUUCUGGUCUUCUUCAUACCAUCGCGGGAGCCAUCACGGAAAAAGUCGAGCACCUGUCUCUCUACGCCAUCCUCGUCGUCUUCGCCAGUUUGAUCUUGGUCGUCGCGACAUUCAUUAGUCACACAGUCGCAGCGCUCAUCAUCCUGCCGCUCGUUCACAGUGUCGGGAUGGGUAUGGAUGAGCCGCAUCCGAAUCUAUUGGUAAUGGGCAGUGCAAUGAUGUGCAGUGCUGCCAUGGGCUUGCCAACUUCUGGCUUCCCGAAUAUGAACCCUCAAACCGGACAACGUUACCUCCAAGUCAAGCACUUCAUCAGCCGCGGUAUCCCAGCCAGCCUCACUACUCUUGCGAUCGUCGUCACCGUGGGUUACGGCUUGAUGUUCGUCUCGGGGCUGUAG